CACACCAACUCGGAGAGAAAUAUCCUUCUUCUCUUCUUUAGCUUUGUUCAUAGUAGUAGUCAUAUAAUAAAAGUGAUUCUGUCAAGAACACUUUCUGUAAAUUUCAAUUUGUAAUUUUCAUUUCAAGAAUUUUAGUUCUUUAAUUUCAACAAUCAAGUUCAUUUGGGAAGUAUCAACCAGAAUCAUUCUCAGCUUAAGGAUUUCACUUUCUCUAUUCCACCUCAUUAUUUAUGCCUUCAGAAGCAAACAAUACUCCUUGUACAAGAGAAGAGUAUCCAUAGUUUCCUUUAUUGAGUCAUUCUAUUCUGUCAAGGCAAUUUGGGCAACGGUCGAAGGUUUCAAUCAAGGUAGCUACGAGAUUGAAAUGUGGUAGGAUUAUCCUGGGAGCGAGCUAGCCAGACCCGUCUGAAUAGCUAUCGGUAUACGGGGGCUAUCUUUCUUCAAGGCCAAUCCGUUUUAACGGGCGAUCCUGCGAUAAGUUUUCUUACCUUACUUUUUAUUCAUUUUCCGUUUAUUCUAAUUAUUAUUAUUAUUUUCUUUUUCUUGCAUUUGGCGGUUUGUCUGGUGAUUUGGUUUAAACUCGGGAUUCUUAUCUGGUUAAACUCACACUUUUAAUAUCAAUUUUCUAACAUUAUGUACUAUGACCGUUACACCAUCUAUCUUCGAGGAGAUCAAGAAUGGGCAACUGGCAGAUAUGAAGCUCGAGAGAAUCAAGGAAGGAAUGAAAGAUGGGGUCAAUGGACCAUUCAAGACACAUGAAGAUGGGAGCAUCCGAUACAAGGGAAGGUGGUGUGUUCCGCUGAAGUGUGCAGAUAUUAAAAGACAAAUCAUGGAGGAGGGACACAACACGCCCUACUCGGUACAUCCCGGGGGAGACAAACUAUACAAAGACCUGAAAAACAACUUUUGGUGGCCGGGAAUGAAGAGAGAAGUAGCUGAAUUCGUAUCCCGAUGUUUGAAUUGCCAAAAAGUCAAAGUAGAGAGAUGCAAACCCAAGGGACUUGUGCAACCCUUGGAAGUACCUAAAUGGAAGUGGGAUUCCAUCUCGAUGGAUUUUGUUGGAGGAUUACCCUUAACUAAAUCCGGAAAAGAUAAGAUUUGGGUAAUCGUUGACCGAUUAACCAAAACUGCAAGAUUCAUUGCCAUGAAUGAAACUUGGAGUAUGGACAAGCUGGCAUGUCAAUUCGACCCACAUUUUUACACCAUUUCACACUACACAUUUUGGCAUGUCAUGAUUUUGGCGCCGUUGCCGG